AUGAGUGCCAACGACCGGACUGAUGGUUUGCUGAAGGCGCUGCAAGAUCUACCAGAGGCAGAUCGCGACCGGAUCGUGAAGCAUCUCCCUCCGGAGGAAGUUCAGAAUGUCUUCUCUCUUCUCCUUCGCAAGCAAAACGGAGCCCCGGCUCCGCAACCUCAGCCGCUGGUCAACAACGCUCCCGCCCUAACUCAAGCUGUCACUGCAGUUGGAUCAAUUGGUGUACCCAAGAAGCGGGGUAGACCUGCGGGGAUCUCCAAUGCGUCAAAGCGAACAAAGACUGAUGCGACUGGACAGCAAAAGACUGGAAAUGCUGCGGCGCAUGUUGAGGUGAAGAAAGGCCAGGAGCCAGCAACGGCUGAGGCGGUUGGACAGCAAGAGACUGACAAUGCUACCGCGCGUGUACUAGUAAAGAAAGAGCAGGAGAUCAUCGACCUCAUCAGCGAUGACGAGGAACCCGAGCCUGAGCCCGAGCCUGAGCUUGAGUAUGAUGAUCAGCGAAAUAUCGAGAACGACUUGCCCGAGCAGCGGCAGGCUCAAGCGAAUCGGAAGCCGACCAAUUUACCUAGUCAGUUGAAGCCUCGACCAACUCGGAAGCCAGUCGAUCUACCGAUGUACUUGCAACUUCGCAACGAGCGGGGUAAAUAUGUCUUGAAGGACUUUGACGACCUUCCGGUCCUCGUCCAGGCCGAGCUGAAGAGACGCUACGAGGAAAUGUGCUCGGCCACCGAGUACAGGAGACGGUAUUACGGAACCUGCACCCUCAACCCAAAACACUACACAGACAGCCCUCACAGGCCUUUUUGUAUCCGAAACAUCCUCGUGAGUGGUGGGAUUCGUGCGGGUAGAACCAGGCAGGAAUUCAGCCAAGGCGGUGUUUUCAAAAAGACGGCGGACGACAGAUGCAUCAAUGCUCGCCAACCCUGUUCUCACUUUGCGAAGUACAAGGAAGAGUUCAUUAUACGUAUUGUACCUUUACCGAGGACUCUACGUGAGGGCAAGACCUGGACAGACCUUGGGUACUGGGUGCUGUGA